CACUCAGGAUGGGCACUGGAUGGACUCUGAAGUUUGCUGUGUGUGAGCUGCUCCAGUUUGCCGCCCUGGCCACGCCCCUGUUGGUGGUCAUGCAGCGGUUCGCCGCCAUCGUGGCGCGGGUGAAGACGGAGAGCGUUCCCCCGGGCGACGCCCUCACCGCCUACUGGCUGAUCGUGGCGUCGGCCGUGGCCUACAUUACCACCGUGGCCCUGCUGGUGUGGCUGCCCCUCAAGUACAUGGUCUUCAUGAAGAAGAGGAGCGUCAGCGGGCACAAGAAAUGGAGACCUGUGGCGCUGGCGUUUGUGAUUCUCUCUACUCUCCCCUGUUUUGCCUUCCUCAUCGCCAGCUCAGAGGUGCAGGUGAUUAACGGCAUGCGUUAUGACACAUUUGAUGAGCUUCCAGUGUCUCUGGUCCUCUUCUCUGUCAUCUGCAUUGAUAUUGUGGAGAGGAUUCGCCACUGCAGACUUACUGGACAGGCCAAUGAGCUGGACCGGGACUCUGACAUCCCCACUCUGACUCACCUGGAGCAGGUGACCCCUGUCAACACCACGGCAACCGGCCCGGCUGCCACGGCAACACUCCAGGGGGGCGGGGCAGAACAGAAUGGAGGGCGUGGCGGAGGCAGAAUGGAGGCCAACGGGACGGGACCGGGCUUGCCCAUGGGCGGGGGGGCAGACCCGAGGCCACGCCCUUUCGGCCCAAACCCUCUGGCCAGCCCUCACCCCAGCCCCGCCUCCUCCGUCGGCACGGCGAUGCGUUUCCCGCCGGCGGCGUACUCCGGGCCGCUGCGCCUCCUGCUGGCGAGCGACGCGCGGGCGGACGAGUUUGGCCACGCCUUCCUCUUCUGGCUGGACACGGCGGAGCUGCUCCGCGCGGGGGGCGUGCCCGACGUCUGCUUCUCACGCUGGGUCUUCCCCGUCUGCAUCUGCAGCUUCCUGUCCUGCCUGCGGCUCGUCCUGGCCCCCUGCUGCCCCCUGCUGGCGCCGCUGGGCGUGCUGCUGCAGGACCUGCCCUUCCUGCUCCUGCGCGCCGUGCUGCUGGGCACCUUCGGACGCAUCUCGCCCCUCCUCUACCUGUUCAAGAACCUGCUCAUCUGCUUGGCCUACGUCUACUUCAACUUCAUGACCAAGCUGCGCGUCUUCAACACUCAGAGAAUGUUCUAG